AGAAAAAGAGACGGAGAGGGGGAACCUGAGGGAGAGCGAUAGCUAAAGCGGAACGGGAAUCCAAGUUUUCACUCUUGACCCGUCUUUUUACGCCUUUCUUCGGUCGAUUUACCUCAUUUUCUUCUGACUGUAGCAAACAGGACGGUCACUUUGCGCGUAUUUUCGGGGGGUAAAUUUCCCAACUCCGUCGCUGCCGCCGAAGCCUCGUUUGUUUUGGAUUAGCCAGCUAACGCUAGCUGUUUUCCCCCCUCCAUCGGCUAACGUUAAUCUGAGAAAAGCAACGGGCAGCGUGGUGGAGAGUUCACCCACUUCCCGGAGCCGUGCGGGGGAAAAAACGGAGGUUAUUUCUGCGGUUUCAUUCGUCGUGAUUUGUGGGGAAAGAAGUGGCGGCUUUUCCCUGGAUUUUUUUUUCCCUUUCUGUCGCUUCGUCGUUUUCUGGAUGUUCGUUCGUUUGCGGCGUGGUGGUCAGCGGGGGUGAAGGAGUUCAGAGGAAGGUCGUAGUGCUGGAGAAAGCUUUUUUUCCACCCUUUGCUGUGAGUUUCCUGGGAUGUCCAUCUGAAAAAGGUGAAUUUAUCAGAAGAUAUAAAAAGCAGAAGACAUCAGGAAGCUUCUUCAACUUCAGCUGACGAGAAGUCUGCAGGAGGGGAAAAAAACACUUUUUUUUUACACAUCUCUGGAGCUGUGCAUUAAAAAAGAAGAAUCCUAGUGGACACUCCGAGUGUGGAAUAUUGAUUUUUCUUUUUUGACCACCAAUAUCCACCAGAUGAACGCGGAUUGUCGCCUUCACGUGUGGAAAAUGAUCAUUUUUACACCUAAACGUGCUGCCAGAACCCAAGAUCACGUUAUUUAGUGGCCUGCUCGGUUGUUUUUGUUUUCACAAAAAAAAAACUAACCUUCAUCACAAACUUAUACAUUUAUUCCUCCCUCUUUACGGGGGGAGGUUGAAGUGGAACUUUUUAAUUUUUUCUUUUUUUUUUCUUCUUCUUUAUAUUGACUCCGAAUGAAGAUUUCAAGAUUAGAUUUUCUUAAAUGCCUAACGAGGGAAGCACACAUUCAGUCAAAAUGAAGAGACUGACGCUGCCCGCACAAAUUGUGUUUUUUAUCUUCUGCACCUGCAUCAUAUGCCAUUGUGGACUAAUAAACGGAGAGAUCUGUCCAAGUAAAGACAUCCGGAACCAUGUGACCAACUUCCAGCGGUUGGAGAACUGCACCAUCAUCGAGGGCCACCUCAAGAUCCUGCUGAUGUUUAAGACCAGGAGCGAGGACUUCAGGGGCCUCAGCUUCCCCAAGCUGCAGGUGGUGACUGACUAUGUCCUGCUGUUCAGAGUCUACGGCCUCGAGACCCUCAGCGAUCUCUUCCCCAACCUGACCGUGAUCCGCGGCAACAACCUGUUCUUCAACUACGCUCUUGUGAUUUACGAGAUGCGGGACCUCAAGGAAAUGGGCCUCUACAGCCUGAUGAACAUCACCCGCGGCUCCGUGAGAAUCGAGGAGAACUCCGACCUGUGCUACCUGUCCACCUUAGACUGGUCCAAGAUCUUGGACUCGGUGGAGGACAACUUCAUCGUGGGGAACAAAGACGAGCGAGAGUGUGGAGACCUGUGUCCUGGCACCGCCGAGGGCCGAACCAUCUGUCCCCAGACCACCAUCAACGGACGCUACAAAGCAAGAUGCUGGUCGCAGAAACACUGUCAGCGAACCUGUCUGGACAAAUGUAAGCACGGCGCCUGCAACAGCCGGGGUCAGUGCUGCCACGACCAGUGUCUGGGAAGCUGCAGCGAGCCGGGCAACGCCAGCAGCUGUGUGGCCUGCAGGAACCUCCAGCAUGGAAACACCUGCGUGGACAAAUGUCCUCCGGGAUACUACGUCUUCAGAGGGUGGCGCUGCGUCAGCUUCUCUUUUUGCCAGGAACGCCACAACCAGUGUUCACAAAUCAAAAAGCAGAACCAGGACCGGGAGGCGGGCUGCUUCGAAUACGUCAUCCACGAAGGCGCCUGUAUCCCCGAGUGUCCGUCCGGAUACACGACCCCGAACUCCACCAUGUUGACCUGUUUGCCGUGUGCCGGUCCGUGUCCUAAACUGUGCGUCGGAAAUAAGACGAUUGACUCGGUGACCUCAGCCCAGGCGUUACGAGGCUGCACUGUUCUUCACGGGAACAUGAUCAUAAAGAUAAGAGGAGGAAAUAACAUAGCGGCCGAGCUGGAGUCCAGUCUGGGGCAGAUCGAGGAGAUUACCGGCUACCUGAUGGUGCGCAGAGCCUACGCCUUGGUGUCGCUCUCCUUUCUGAGAAAACUGCGAACCAUUAGGGGGGAGCACCUCGAGGGAGAUACGUAUGCUUUCUACGCGCUGGACAACCAGAACCUCCGAGAAUUGUGGGAUUGGUCCAAGCACAACCUGACCAUCGAGAGCGGCCGGACCUUCUUCCACUACAACUCGAAGCUCUGCAUGUCUGAGAUCAGGAAGAUGGAGGAGGUAACGGGCGCCAAGGAGCGCAACCUGAAGAACGACAUCGCCGUCCGGACCAACGGAGACCAAGCUUCCUGUGAGACGCAGCUUCUGAACUUCACCUACAUCAAGACCUCGUGUAAGAUGAUCAUGCUGAGGUGGGAUGCCUUUUGGCCGUCGGACUUCAGAGACCUGCUGGGAUUCAUGGUUCUCUACAAAGAGGCGCCGUACAAGAACGUGACGGAGUUUGACGGACAGGACGCCUGCGGUUCAAACAGCUGGAUGAUCGCAGACGUCGACCCCCCACCUCGCCCCACCACCGGCAAAGAACCGGAGCAACCGCGGCACCUGAUCGGGCCGCUAAAACCCUGGACGCAGUACGCCAUCAUGGUCAAGACCCAGCUCUCUGCGUCCGACGAGCAUCAGGUCCACGGAGCCAAAAGCGAGAUCAUUUACGUCCGGACCAACUCCUCCAAACCUUCAGUCCCUCUGGACCCCGUGUCCUCGUCAAACUCAUCCUCCGAGAUCAUCCUGAAGUGGAAACCUCCCACCAGCCCAAACGGCAACAUCACGCACUACAAGGUCAUCUAUCGGAGGCAGCUGGAGGACAGCGACCUCUUCAAGUUCGACUACUGCCUCCAAGGUGAGCGUCUGCCACGCCGACCUGCAAACCCGCCGCUCCCGCCGUUUACAUUUCCUUCUCUGUCCCUCGCAGCCACAAAGCUGCCGUCUCGCAUGCCGACGUACAAGGACAUCCAGGACGAGCAGAAGUGGAACCACACGGACGAGCCCGCCACGGGGGGGAAGUGCUGCGAGUGCCCCAAGACGGACAGCCAGCUGAAGAAGGAGCAGGAAGAGAUCGAGUUCCGCAAGACCUUCGAGAACUACCUCCACAACGAAGUCUUCGAGAGCAGACCGUCUCGCCGCCGCCGUUCAGUGGGGGUUGCGAACGCCACGUACCCUCCUCUGUUUCUGUCCACCAUGUCCAGCAUUGAGGCCAACGCCACCACUGUGUUCCCCGACGAUGAAGACAGCUCUAAGGUGGAGCUAAAAGUUUUCUCAAAGGAAUCGACCGUCAUCGGUAACCUGCAUUACUUCACAAGCUACAAGAUCGAGAUCAUAGCGUGCAAUCAUCCCACAGACCCUGAAGCCUGCAGUCUGGCCACGUUUCUCAGUGAAAGAACCAUGCCGGAGGAAAAAGCAGACAACAUUCCGGGCCAAGUGACCCAUGAGAUCGUGAUGACCGAGCCUCCCUAUGUGUUAAUUAAGUGGAACGCUCCUCCCGCGCCCAACGGACUCAUCAUUUUAUACGAGGUGUUCUACAGGAGGGUGGAGGAGAAGGAGGAACAAACCCUUUGUGUGUCCCGGCCCGCUUACCUGAAAACCAACGGCACCAAACUCCCCCUCGUGCAGCCCGGAAACUACAGCGUGAGGGUCCGCGCCACGUCCCUGGCUGGAAACGGCUCUUUCACCGAAACUAUUUACUUCUUCAUGCCGCAUUCCAAUCCUGGGUUGGUUUGGAUAGUGAGCGGUCCGGUCAUCUGCUUCAUCCUGCUGCUGUUUGUGGGGGCCGGCGUCUUCGUGGUCAUCAAGAAGAGGCAAACAGAAGGACCUCUAGGAGACCUCAUCACUUCACCAAACCCAGAGUACUUCAGUGCAAACGACAUGUACGUUCCUGACGAGUGGGAGGUUCCCCGGGAAAAGAUCACGCUGCUCCGAGAGCUGGGUCAGGGCUCCUUCGGGAUGGUGUACGAGGGAAUCGCCAAAGACAUCGUCAAAGGAGAUCUGGAGACCCACGUGGCCGUCAAGACGGUCAACGAGUCGGCCAGCCUGCGGGAGCGGAUCGAGUUCCUCAACGAGGCGUCCGUCAUGAAGGCCUUCAGCUGUCACCACGUGGUCCGACUCCUGGGGGUGGUGUCUAAAGGUCAGCCCACCCUGGUGGUGAUGGAGCUGAUGACUCAUGGGGACUUGAAGAGCUACCUGCGCAGUCUGAGGCCGGACUCUGAGAACAACCCGUCGGGCGCUCCGCCACCUUCCCUGAAAGACAUGCUCCAGAUGGCAGCAGAGAUUGCGGACGGCAUGGCGUACCUCAACGCCAAGAAGUUCGUCCACAGAGAUUUGGCAGCCAGGAACUGCAUGGUGGCAGAGGACUUCACCGUCAAGAUCGGCGACUUCGGCAUGACGCGAGACAUUUACGAGACGGACUACUACCGUAAAGGAGGGAAGGGUCUACUUCCUGUCAGGUGGAUGGCCCCGGAGUCCCUGAAGGACGGCGUCUUCACCGCUCACUCCGACUGCUGGUCCUUCGGCGUUGUGAUGUGGGAGAUCAGCACUCUUGCCGAGCAGCCUUAUCAGGGCCUCUCCAACGAGCAGGUCCUGAAGUUCGUCAUGGAUGGAGGAUUCCUGGACCGGCCAGAUAAUUGUCCAGAGAGGAUGCACAGCCUCAUGCAGAUGUGCUGGCAGUACAACCCCAAGAUGCGGCCGACGUUCCUGGAGAUCAUCGACAUGCUGCGGGACGACCUGCACCCCACCUUCCACGAGGUGUCCUUCUUCCACAGCGAGGACAACAAAGUCCCGGAGACGGAGGAGUUCGACCUGGACCUGGACAACAUGGAGAGCAUCCCUCUGGACCCGUCGUCGUACUCCCAGAGGGAGGAGAGCCUGAGCAGAGACAGCGUCCCCUCGGUGGGGCUGAGGGGGAACUACGAGGAGCACGUCCCCUACACACACAUGAACGGUGGCAAGAAAAACGGGAGAAUACUGUCGCUACCCCGAUCCAGCCCUUCCUAACAUUAGCUGUCGGCCGAAAGACUCUUCUCUUCCUGUGUCGUUUUGGAAUGAUUUUCUUGGAGGAACCCUUCAGGAAAAAACACAAACGUAUCUCAGGACUUGUUCUUUUUUUUCUUCUUCCUUGUGUGUCCCGAAUGGACGGGCAAGGGGUGCAAAUACUUUUUUUUAUUCUAAUAAGCUUGCUCCCUGACACAUCAGACGUCAAAACGAGAAUCUUUCACUAUCGUCAUGUUUCCAUGACUCCUGAAACACUGAGGGGUUGUUUGUGUGUGUGUGU